AUGCUAAUCGCUGGGAGCGUAGUUAUGACCAGCGUUAUUUCAGCGGGUUGUACAUCGGAAGGAAUGCGAAACGUAUACCUGGCAGCGUUCUCCUACUCUGAAAACCCAGUGAAUCCAUCAGAAAAUACCGUUGCAUCGGCACUCGCAUCUGCUGUCGAAAAUUCAACUCAGCUAUUAGAAGUCCGAGUCGGAUUCCUUGGUGUCUGCGCCAAAUUGCCCGCCGACACGUGGGCUUGUUCGUCCUCCUUCGAUACAAUAUCCAAGCAACUCGCCAUAGUACAGGCUGAAGCUUCUAAUGGCUCUUACGACCCACUUGGCGUCAUCGAUCUUGCCAAGGGCUUCAGAGAUAAUGUGGUCUUUGACGGCCUAAUGUUUAUAUCCAUAGGUUUCAGUGUUCUGUCGUUCUUAUUGCUGUCAACCUUUCCGGGCUGGCAUGAAGAGGAGGACUCGGAGGGCAGCGAUCGCGAGGUCAAGCCAUUUCCUUCUCGACCAGUAUCUCAAGCAGCAUUGUGUUUCCUUGGGAUCUCGGCUAUGAUGACUUUGCUCUCAGCCUUCUGGCAGCACAUGGCAAGCUCAAAUGCCGCUACAUUGAUGAAACUUGUGACUGCCGGUGUUGUGCAAGUACAGGUCGGUGCUGCUGCAAUGGGGCUGGGCUGGGCUACUUUCUCUCUGAACGCUAUCCAAUUCGUCGGGAUUUUCAUCAUGGUCCUUAGCAUUCGUACCCUUUCAAUGCUUGCGGACUGA